AUGAACUGCUGGGACUUUUCCUGGUUUGUUGGGGCCCUGGACGGCAGACAUGAAGCGCUGGGACUUUUCCUGCGUUUGUCGGGGCCCUUGACAGCAGACAUGAACCGCUGGGACUUUUCCUGCGUUACCCUCUCUAAUCCCUCUCCACCUCUUUUCCCUUCACCUGCCCCUCCCCCCCUCUCUUCCCCUCAACUGUCCCUCCUCUCUCUUCCCCUCACCACCCCUCCCCUCACCCUCUCUUCCCCUCACAUGCCCCUCCCCCUCACCAACCCUCCCCUCGGCAUCGUAAAUAACGCAGUGGCGAUUAGACCCUCGGGCUGCCGUGACAGCCCUAUUGCUGCAAGCCCUAUUGCUGCAAGCCCUAUUGCUGCAAGCCCUAUUGCUGCAAGCCCUAUUGCUGCAAGCCCUAUUGCUGCAAGCCCUAUUGCUGCGAGCCCUAUUGCUGCAAGUCCAAUUUCUGCAAGCCCUAUUGCUGCAAGCCCUAUUGCUGCAAGUCCUAUUUCUGCAAGCCCUAUUGCUGCAAGCCCUAUUGAUGCAAGCCCUAUUGCUGCAAGUCCUAUUGCUGCAAGUCCCACUGCUGCAAGCUCUAUUGCUGCAAGCCCUAUUGCUGCAAGUCCUAUUGCUGCAAGUCCCACUGCUGCAAGUCCCACUGCUGCAAGCUCUAUUGCUGCAAGCUCUAUUGCUGCAAGUCCUAUUGCUGCAAGUCCCACUGCUGCAAGCUCUAUUGCUGCCAGGGCUAUUGCUGCAAGCCCUANCCACGUCACCCACCACGUCACCCACCACGUCACCCACCACGUCACCCACCACGUGACCCACCACGCGACCCACCAGCUCCCCAGCCCCCGGGGACACUAG